AUGCCAGGGGAUGAAAAAGUAGUAAAAAACUGUCAACAAGGAGAUGCAGGGCAUCAAGAAAUAGAAGCAAUGGAUGCACAUGAAAGUAGUCAACAAGGAGAUGUGGGACAAGGCCAUAAAAAUCCCAAUGAUUUUCAUGUUCGUCGUGAAGUACGCGAUCACUUCGAUAAUGGCGGUAGUAAAACGGGCAAUACCAGUGCAUCAAGUUCUACUUCGUCUCCUGUUGGUACUGUAUUUAGUGGAGAAAAUAGCGAAAAGAACAAUAAAGGUAGAGGUACUCCAACAAAUACUUCCUCAACAUCAACCUCCUUGAGCGUGUCAUCUGGUUCACCUGCUAUUUCGCGACGCCCUCUACGAGAAGUACAUCAACACGCUGACGUCGAGACGAUUCGUUCCCUAUUCGGUUUGAAAGCAUUGCGCAUGCUUAGGGAGCGUUGGUGGUUACCUUUGAGGACUUUCUUGUCCCAGCUGGAGUCUCCUAAGAACUCUACAACUUCGAAGUUUACCAAUGCCACGCCAUCGAAUGCCACGACAUCAUCGACCUCGUAUGCAGUUCAUGCGAGUCGUUGGUUUGGCCAAGUCAUUGGCGAUAAGAGAGGACGAUGUGAAUUAAUGAGUGCACCCGCGCCAGGGGUAUAGAAGCAGGCGUCGACGCUACUACUCCCUGUUGAAGAAGUCGACAGCAUCAGGAUAAUGCGGCCGAUACAUGGCAUCAAUUUCGAAGAAGAAGACAACGGAGGAACAGUGGGGGGGCUUGGGCUUUCUUGAUAGUACAGCGCGCUGACCGUGUUUCUUUGCUUCAGUUGUGGCUUGUAGGGUGAGACACCGCAGCGGGCCCGCGCUGCUUGUGGCAGUGUCCGAGUCUUCUCAUUUUGACAGGCAGGAUUCUUAUUGUAUCAGUGGCUCGCAUUUGCUUGCCUGUGGUCAAUUUGUGCCCCUGCCUCCAGCCGCGUGGUACUCUUGCAGCAAAGAAAGUGCACGGGCCCAAUUCGCUGCACCCUGGCGGCAUGCCUCCGCCCAUCCAGCUGU